AUGUCUGACAGAGAACAAAGCAGCGGCAACACCGCUUUCGAGAACCCUAAGGCCCUCGAUUCCUCCGAAGGUGAAUUCAUCUGUGAAAACAACGACCACAGUCGCCACUCCCAGGAGUCUCUAUGUAAAAUAUAUACCGCGGGCAAAAACAACGAGUACAUUUACAUUGGUCGUCAAAAAUUCCUAAGGGAUGAUUUGUUCGAUGCAUUCGGAGGUACUUUGAAUCCCGGUUUAGCCCCUGCGCCAGUCCAUAAAUUCGCCAACCCUGCUCCACUGGGCCUUUCCGGUUUCGCCCUCACUACGUUUGUGCUAUCCAUGUUCAAUGCAAGAGCCCAAGGUAUUACUAUACCUAAUGUUGUUGUUGGGUGUGCCAUGUUCUACGGUGGGCUCGUUCAACUCAUUGCUGGUAUUUGGGAAAUCGCUUUAGAGAAUACUUUCGGUGGUACAGCCCUGUGCUCCUUCGGUGGUUUUUGGUUAAGUUUCGGUGCUAUUUACAUCCCUUGGUUUGGCAUCCUGGAUGCCUACAAGGACAAGGAAUCUGAUCUCGGAAACGCUCUAGGGUUCUACCUCUUAGGAUGGGCCCUCUUUACCUUUGGUCUUUCUGUUUGCACAAUGAAGUCAACUAUAAUGUUUUUUGCCUUGUUCUUCCUCUUGGCUGUUACUUUCUUACUCCUAUCUAUUGCGAACUUCACAGGCGAGGUUGGCGUUACUAGAGCUGGUGGCAUCGUUGGUGUGAUAGUUGCUUUCAUUGCCUGGUAUAACGCUUACGCAGGUAUUGCUACAAGACAAAACUCGUAUAUUAUGGUUCAUCCCUUUGCAUUACCUAGCAACGAUAAAGUGUUCUUCUAA